CUUUUCAUCAUGCCGGAAGCAGCUAAAUCUGCUCCUGCUCCGAAAAAGGGCUCCAAGAAGGCGGUAACUAAGGCGCAGAAGAAAGAUGGUAAGAAGCGCAAACGCAGCCGCAAGGAGAGUUAUUCCAUCUAUGUGUACAAGGUGCUGAAGCAGGUCCACCCGGACACCGGUAUCUCGUCUAAGGCCAUGGGCAUCAUGAACUCGUUUGUCAACGACAUCUUCGAGCGCAUCGCGGGCGAGGCGUCGCGCCUGGCGCAUUACAACAAGCGUUCGACCAUCACGUCCAGGGAGAUCCAGACGGCCGUGCGCCUGCUGCUGCCCGGGGAGCUGGCCAAGCACGCCGUGUCCGAGGGCACCAAGGCUGUCACCAAGUACACCAGCGCCAAGUAAACAGUGAGUUGGCUGCAAACAAUUUAACGGCUCUUUUAAGAGCCACCAUAUGCUCAAUAGAGAGAGCUGGUGGCUGGUUUUGUUUCUGCGCUGGGCCUUCGUAGCUCAUUACAGUAUUUAGUCUGCGAAGUAGACCAAUUACUGAACAGUCCUUUAGGACUUUGCUGUCACGGUAAGCUUGAGAUACGCUAACCUCAAAAAUGUUACCUGACCCUGGCAAAGCUCUGGAACUCCUUGUAACCCUGCCCUGGCUUUUUCAUUGUCGUUUAGGUACUUCGUAUAUUUAAAAGGGUUCAGAUACCAAUUCUGUUACCAUUUAGGGUUAAGUAACGGGGGAGGAGUUAAUUUUUAAAUUCGUAGUAAAUCCAAAUACUCAUGGCUCUGGGACAAAGAAUUGGAUUCCUGAGGGGGUUCAGAGAUUGCGCGGGCAGUUUAAAUUUGCCCGGGCGCCCGCUCAUUCCCUCCACGGCCUGAUUGGUUGCCGGCAUCCAGGAAGAGACCGGGGCUUUCGGUGCGCGGGAGGAAUCCACUUCCUGCUUCUCAGUCUAGCACACAGAAGCUCUUGAAUAAACAUUUUCGGGUAGUUCCUGCUUUUUUCAUUUUUGUCUUUUUCUUAGUGCUUUUUCCCUUUCGAGAAUGAGAUUUAAUUAAAAAUCAAAAUUUUCUUUGGAGAGAAGGGAACUUGAUGGAUGUGAUUUUCAGCCUGAGAAAUACCAGCGCUUUAUUUCUAAUUAGAAUAUUGCUUUCGUUUUGCCCUAUAUCCAUAUAAUAGGAAACAUUGCAAGACUAAACAUGACUAUUUGGGGUCCGAUGAAGGCGAGAAGCUUGAGGGCGUUUAUCUCAAACUUUUUUCUGGAAAAAAAUCCGUUUCUAUUUUAAAGUUGCUUUGGUUGGUAUUUUUAAUGCUAUUUUAACUUUGCCUGGAACCAGUGAAGAAAACCAAAUUCCGCGUCGUUCAGGUUGUCAUAAAUGAGAACCAGGCACUCAACAAACAAUGCUUCUCUGUAUUACGGUUGUUUAAAAUUACGUGUCUCUUUUAGGUCAAAAGCCAUUAUCUAUAAAGUUUGGAAGCUUCCACUAUGGCUGAUUUUUUAUUUAGAUCGUGAUUUUCAAUGAAUUUAAUUUACGUAAAUAAGUUACCUAAUUUAUCUAAAACGGAUCUAAAUUUAGCAUAGUAAUAAUGUCUAAAAGCAAUUAAUAUUUGUUAAAUCCACUGUCAAAUUUACUCUUCCCCUUUGUUGACCCAAAGCCUACCCAUGUUUCAACGCCCACUUCAGCCUUGCCUGCCCUCUGAAAUUUCUUCCCUUUUUUGAGCUUUUUCUAACAGCUUGUCCAGAAUUUGGAAACUGCCUCCAUAGUGUCUCAUAUCUAUUUGAGUUGCUACUAACUGGCUUGUUGUGUGUUUCCAUAUAGAGAAUGUACACUCAUCAUGACAUGAAAAAUAAAGAAAGCAAGAAAGAAAAAAAGUUAUUUUCUUUCACCAUCUCCAUCCCACACUAAUGGUAACCGAGUCCUGUAAAUAAACAGAACAUAAAUGAUUUUUGUUUCUUGUUGUGUCAUGUGUCACGUGAGCCUCCCAUCUUCUCCAUUAAUCCAAAUAAUUAGAUGAUAAUUACCAAGCUAAAUACUUUUUUGGUUGUUUCUUUGUCUUUUAGUAUAUAGCAAUCAGAAUAAAAUCUGUGGAAGAAGGAGAGGGAUUGGAAUAGAAGAGGUCACAAAUCAGGAUGACGCCUUGACUAUUGCCUUAGAUGAACCAGCUGGUUGUAAAGGACUUUUUUUCAAGAUGUUGGUAAUUGUUGAAGCAUGUCUGAUGGACACCUGGAGUCAACAAGGGGUGACAAUGAGAGGAAUCAAGUGCUGGCAAAGAGAAAUUCUGGCAACUGAACUAAGGGAACAAGAAGGCCAUUUGCACAAGGGAGGAGCUCAUAGCAGCAGCGGUCCCCUCCUCCCAUCUCCCAGGCUCGACAAACAAGAAACGCUAUUGCCAUCUUGUGGCCCUUUAAGAAAAUGUAGCUAAUAUUGUUUUGUGGUUUCUACUAGGCAGUCCAUUGCUUGGGUUUAAUAAUUGCAUAUAUAAAUAAUACAAUAAACAAUCCUAUUUCAAACACAGUCCUCAUCUGCCCAGUUCCCCCAUCAAUAACAAAGAACCACGUUUAUUAGUUUCCUGUGUACGCAUCUGGAAUUUCUUUAUACAAACACAAAUAUGUAAGCGUGGAUUCUAUUCUGUCCCCAUUAACAUAAAUGGCCAAUGGCUAUAUUCCUCUCACGGUUCUGCCCCUUGCUUUUCUCAUUAUCUAGCUUGGAGCUCUUUCCUAUUAGUAAGUAGAGUGGCUGAAACUUCUCAGCAGGUGCACCUGAGCCAGUGACCCUAGGAGGGUAACCUGAGACCAAACCUUUUCCUACACUGGCUGCAUCUUCCCUGAAAAUAAGCCUGAUGCUUAUUUGAGAGGAAGCCUGGGACUCUUCGAUGAACCUGGUCCAGAAAGCUCUGGGGUGGCUGAAUUCCUGUUCCCUUCCUGAGAUAGGACUUCCAUGCUUUGUAAUAAGGGAAGUUGAGGUCCUGAUGCAAGUAUUCAUCUUGUCAGUGAGGCCUUCUUUGUCAUCUUUAAUAAUUAAGCUGCCCCAUGCAAAUUUCCUAUCCGUAUUACUAUAUUUUUCUUCAUAAUACGUAUCAAGAUCUGGCAUGCUAUAUACUCUACUUAUUCUUUUGCUUAUAAUCUUCACCAUACUGCCCUCUUCACCAGAAUGUAAGUUCCUUGAGAGAAGUAUUUUUCUGCUUCAGUCUACUUUGAUCACUACUGUAUCCCCAAGCUUCUAGAACGGUGCCUGGCACAAAGUAUAUCUGGAUAAAGUAAUAUUCCUUGGCUCCACUGCUGUUAUGGGAGACCCUCAAAGAAUUUUCUUUACUGGGGCCCUUCCGUGUUUGAGUGUAAAGAAAGGAAAGAAAAACCAGUAUAUAUAUGUAUUAUCAUACAUGUAAGAAUGCAGGAACAUGUAUUGAUGACAAUAACAUAUACUUUGAACCAAAAGAUGCAGAAUGGUGGAAUGGUAUGUUUUAGGAAUCAGUCCAGAUGUGAGUUUUUUCCAAGCAACUUCACCAAAACCAUAUAAUGGG